UUUUACACCUAAUAUCACUGGCGUAGAUUCAUGCAGCAAUACGAUACAAUUGCUCGGGGUGCGGGGGUCGUUGUGUCACACAAUAGUAUGACGUCAUGUAUCUACGUCCUUGUAAACGACAGAGUCAAAUCAACCAGAUAUGAACUGAAAUUUGAUAACAACCUGAGAAACAACAAUUUGGACAGUGAGGUUAUAAGGGGGGGGGGGUGUUUUCAGACCCACUCCUUUACUACCAGUCAAUGCAGUCAGGGAAAUGAUUUUUGCAAGCGUUAGUGGGGUGAGUGGUCACAUGUAAUGUCAAAUCAGGCAGCUGAGUUAGAUUUACUGUACGGUGCCAUCAAGGAAAGUUUCCUCAACGAGUAAUAGGUAUACCAAUUGAAACUUCUGACUUCACUUUCGUUAUCAACUCGUCCUUUAAUCAUUGUAUAAAACUUUGAACAGGAUCCCCAAACACUUCAAAUACUUUUCUGUGCGUACCCACUGCACUGAAUUGAAACUGAUAACAGCCACCAUUUUCCGCUUUCCUCUUUCACACUUUCCUGCUCAAGCAUGCAGUCACAGUAAAGUACGGAGAACACCGGUAGACGAAAUCAAUUGGUCUACAUAUUCUUGUUCCACGAACAUGAGCAUGAUUUUCAUCUUGAACAAGCGGAUUUUACCAAUACCUAGGAAAGUUUAAAGUGUUCAAUCAUGCGAUGUAUUCUCUACUGUCCUUAGGAAUCCUGCACGACAUGGCAAGUUACACCCUGACUCGGAUCGUUUUAUGAAAGAACUUGUCAGACGUUUUCUGUGUACAGUAACCAUAGUAACAGUAUCUCUCAGCCAAUCAGAAUCAAGGAAAAUUGUCAGAUCUGACAACUUGUCGAAGUUGUCGGACAAAAAUGUUGAUGGAAUGCUCCCCUGAUAUGGGCUCUACCCACUCAUCAAGGAUCUGACCAUGACCAUUUGUGGAAAUGAUCUGACAAGGAAAAGUACCCAAGGUCUGAUAAAAAGACGUGAAUUGUUUUUAUAUCAUUACCGAUUCUAUCAUUUCAAAGAUCUGUCACAAAAGUCGCUCUAAUUUCAUGAAAAAUGAAUCUAGACGGAAUGAAUUACUCUUCGAAAGCUUCUUCAAAACAGUGACCUCAAUUGCAUCUGAAUAGCGGAUGAUUAUUGAACAGUCAAUAUUAUCAGACCUUUAUCGUCACAAUCUCUUAUGAUUGGAGCGAUUGGAACUUGAGUUGUACAACAUCAGUAACUUCAAAAUCGUGUGUAGGCUACAGGAGUAUGAUGGUUUAAGGGAAUGACUUAUUCAAUUUCGAAACACUUAUUUACUCGUUACAAAAUGGAUGAGAAACAUACCACCACCAUUCUCAUUUUCCUGCUUAUGGCAGUCAAUUUUUCGGAGACUGUUAAGACUUUCAGCGGAAUUACGGAACUUAUACUCCCGCAAUCGUCAAACCUGAACAUUACGAAAGACUUCGUUGAUCAUCUUGAUGCUUCUCUAGAAAAUAUACUCUCAGGAGUUGUUGAUGAUGUUAUAGUGUCUCCGAUUCAUAGUACUGAAGCUAAUCCGAUGAUGGUUUCUUUCCUAGCACAUUUUGAAGACUUCGAAAUAAUCCCUGCUUGUCUUUCGAGAGGUGUAUUUUAUUACACGAGUGGAAUGUCUUCUUUUUCAUAUACAAUAAGUAACGUAUCAUUGCAGAACUUUCGAAAUAAUUUUCAUAACGAAUGCUUUGACAAUAAAUACAAUGUAGCAUAUUUUGAAUAUGUUGAAGAGGAUUGUAAAUUUGAGACAUUGGCGUGCGAAUUGGACUUUGAUUUAAAUCGGAUAUCAAGAUAUGAAAUUAAUAAGGGCGGAUCAGUUUUGUACAAUUUUUACUGCAUCUCUGUGGAUUACGCAGAUGGAGACUGUGUGGUGGUAGAUGAGUGGUUAAUACUUGAAUGGGAUCAGCGAAAUUAUUCAAAUUGCUUAAUCAAUCAAAAUGUGAUUAUAUCGUCGAGACCGGACUUUGAAUUCAUCGAUGAUACUGAACUGCAAGAAUCAAGUCGUAUCGAUAUAUUCCCCAUCUUGCUUUCCUGCCUAGAUCUAAAUAUUUCACCACCAAUCAUCCCAGUAAGUGGUGAUCAGACGUGGGAUAAACUCCCAAAUUGGUUAAAGGUGUGUCUACGUAUCCUAAAUGGCAUAUCUUUAUGCGCUCUUCUCUUCUGCUUGCUAACGUUCGCCAUGUUCAAAGAGCUUCGUAAUGCGCAUGGCAAGAAUGUUUUGUGCCUCGUAGUUGCAACAUUGCUAUCUCUCUUUUAUACAUCAGGAUAUAUACCACUCCAAACUGACAAUCCUGGACUUUGUGUCUUAAUAGCUACUCUCAUCUACUUCUUCGUACUCGUACCCAACUACUGGUGGACAGCAGUUGCCAUUUUCCUAGCGUGGACUCUUGGCAGGAAAGGAAUACAUCGCAUGGAAGAAAUCUCUGGGACCCGGUUCUUCACUCUCCUGUCCCUUUUUGGAUGGGGUCUUCCUCUCAUAUUCUCCCUUAUCCCCAUAUUUCUUUUCAUGAGAGGCAUCAAGGUAUAUGAUAUCGACGAAUAUUGCUGGAUAACAAACGGCUGGCCGAUCCUUGUCCUAACAGCCCAAUCUUUCAUACCAUUCCUCAUUGAUUGUAUAUUGUUCGGUCUGGUGAUUUACAGAUUAAGAGAAACUCGACAUAAUCUGGCAUCUAUGGAUUCUACAGGAAAGAACAGACGAAUAGCCGACCGUCAAUUAACAAUAAAGAUGAUGGCAAUCUUUGGAGUCUUCUGGCUUCCUUCUUGGAUCUUCUUUGUGGCUUUUCUUAUCCAUCCCAUCAGCAGUCUAGCAAUCAUCGCUCAAGUUCUAAACCAACUCUCGACUUUCAUCCUUCCAAUUGUGUUGUGUUGUAACAAGCGUGUUGCUGCACUAUGGAAGGCCAAAUUGGCGCCACUAAGGGAUCGUCUCAGCAGCUCAACUAACUCAACUACCAUUGACUCCCGUAAUGCUACUAAAAAACACACAGCGAAUGAUAAACCAUUUAUUCCCAGUGACAAUACUCCAAGAGAUCACAGAAACGUAGAGCUCCAUGAAAUGCAAACCUGAUGGGCCUAUUUUAGGCGGAGGAACGUGUUUUGAUCCGAAAAAAAAAGAUUUAGACGAUCGCUUUGUUUAUGUAAAUCCAAUAACCAAGUUUUAUUAUUUUU